GUCUCUCUUCUCUUUGUUUAGUGCGAUUAUAUCGUUAGUACGGUGUUGACGUAUUUUUUUUAUUUUUGACAAUAGCUGAUUCUCUUUUAAAAUGGCUCCAAACUGGACACCAUGCAAACUGAAGUUGUUAUUACAACUAUUCUUAGAAAAUUACGACCGUUUAUUUUAUAGGUCGCCAUCAAAUAUGCAGAGAAAGUUAAGAAGAGAGACAUUCGAGAAAAUUGCCAAACAAUUGGAUAUGCCAUUCCAAGCGCUGAAAUUUAAAUAUUUUAAUUUGAAUAACGCUUACAACGCAGAAAUAAAAAAAAUUGAAGCAGCUAAGAAGCAAGGGUUCUUUUACAGACCUACAUUGCCAUGGUUUAAGGAUUACCGAGAGAUAAUGGAAAAGGUUGAUGAACAUAAUAAAAUGCUCGAUUCGACAGAGAAAACAGACAUAAUUAGAGAUAUGUCUCUUCAAGAAGAAAACAUUGCAUCAGAAGAAGAGUUCGACUUCGAAGUGGAAACAUCGUGUGACCCAAACGCCACGGAGCCCACGGAUACCAUAGUUGUUUCAAUCAAACAGGAGUGCAUAGAUGGGGUGAAGAAGGGAAGCUGGGAUGUAGAUUUUGAGGACACGGACUUGCCAAUUCAGUCAGCUACGCUGGUUGAGUCGCAGAAAUCCCCACCUGCCCCACCCGUCCAGCUGUCAAGGAUCGCUUCUGCCAAAAAGCCCGCGAAAAGACCUCGCAAACCCGAUAGUCCAGCCAAAUCUGGCAUGGAUGAGUUUCAGAUGUUUGCCAACCACGUAGCUGAACAGCUAAGAAACAUGUCUAUAAAUUCUGCAAAGAAAAUGCAGAAUGAGAUACACAUUAUUUUUGAUGAAGAAGGAUUCCCAUUUUACAGUCCUGUUUUGAAUGAUAUAUAAAAUUUGAAUAAAACCUCUCUCAGUGCGUCACCAUCUUUUAUAAAAUAUGCUAAACCUAUUUAUUUAACGAUGGUAUUGCAUUUAUAAUUCCCAAUAAUACAUACAUAACUACAAAUAA